AUGGACGCAGCACAGACGGGAGGUGGGCGCCUCGUCAGCGGUGCCCCCACUGCGGGGUUCACCUACGCAGAGUACUGGCAAACGCUGAUGGCCACAGCGGAGCACACGGGGCACCCCCUUCACGCGGAUGCCUCCCAUGAGCCUGUCCCUUCCCUGAAAAGCCCUACACCAACCCCCCCGCCCCCAUCGCGACGCGUGCCGCCAGGCAGGCAGAACACUGCUGCCGCCACCGUCGCCACGCGCGCGCCGCCUAGUCAUCUGACAGAGGCUGGCACGUACCGUCUACACCUUGCCCUCACGCCCAGCCCCCAUCAAGCGAAGCGAUCACCUCUACCGCAGCAUCAGGAGCCGCUUCACACGACGACGAUGAUGUCCAAUCACGUAGGCGAGAGGGAGAGAAGAGAGCGGAUUGCGGGGGAGAUGCGAACGGGCAAAGAAGCCUUCGCUCCUGCUGGACAGUCGAUCCGCAAGCCGUCGACUGCGCGGAAGUCUCCCCCACCUGCGGCGCGCGCUGGGUCGCGGGCCCCUCCGUCGUCAUCGCUCGACACUUCGGACUACCUCAGCGAUAAGGACGCCGGCGCAGCCAGGGCGACGGAUUUGCUACGUGAACAAUGGGCACACGCCACAGUGAUCGGAGGCACUCGUCGGGUGGGGGGGAGCACCAUCGGCGAUCAGCGAGACUCAUCUGCCCCAUCAGGCGACAAAGACCUUGUGGACUCGCCUCGCCAGCACUCCUCCGCCGCAGAUAACACCUCAGCUCAGCACGCCUUCUCCCUCACUGCAGGAGCAGCACUAGUGGAUGCUGUGUACGCCUAUACGCCGGAUGACCUCGUCGUGAAGGCGGCUCAGUGCUAUGAGCAGUGGCGUCGGUGCGUCAUGGAAGGCAGCAUAGACACGGACGACGACGACGACGACUCCACACGGGAAUGCCGCUUCAGUGGCGAAGGCAGCCCUAUGGCCGGGGAGGGCGAGAAGGGCGAUGCUGAGCAUCGAAUCAGCCCCCCUGACGGCCCUGCGCGCGAGGACGCGGAGUCGCCUGGCGCUGCAGCGCCAGACUACACACCCAGUGCUCUGUCACGCACGCCCACCAACGAUAGGCGUGGUGCACUCAAUCCAGGCAGGGGCAAAGUCCGUCCUGAAGGGAAGGCUUUGUUCUCCCCCGCGUGCACGCGAGGAAAACAGACACCCUUUCGCGCCGAUGGCACCCAAAGUCGAACGCACAGCACCGGGACGACAACGCAUGGCUUAACGAGCGGGAGACGCGACCGAGACGGUGACACAGACUCAACCAUCACGGCACCAGUGGCGUUGGCGUCGCUGUUCACGUGUAUGGAUGCGUCACCGGUCUCGAAGAGCCCAUCUCCGCACGUUGCGCCACCGGCUCCCACCAUCUUUCGUAGCGUCAGAGCGCUCGAUGAAAAGGUAGCGGAACGGCUCACUGUAGAAGAUGAGGUAGAGGAGCCAGGGCCUGACUCUCACGGCGCGCUACGGCCAUCACAGCAGCACCACCACCACCAGCAUCCCUUGAUUCAGGCGCGUCACUGUCUUCAUCAGCGAGCCGAAAGGAUCCCGGAGAUGGAUACGAGGGCAUCCCGCCCCGAGCCGACACACCGGACGUACAUGAGCAAGGACGUGCGCACUGUUGAUGAAGCCUCGGGCUCGUUGCAGAGCUUCUCCGUGGCAGAGUCCGAUGUGGACGACGCGCAUAGCCCGGCGCCGCUCAGCGUUGUUUACCGCCGCCUCUUUGCAGACGAGGUCGAGGACUGUGGCGGCGGUGUUACAACGUGGCGUGAUGUCGCUGACACCCGCCAUCGCGAGAGAGGCGGCGCCACAAACGCCGAUGGCGCUCUCUCUCUGUCAGCGCCUUCUUCUGGGACGGAAGGGCAGGAGCGGUUUCCGGCUGGCGCACUUGAUGUCCCCGCCGAGUGUCACACCGAGGUGGCGAGGAGGAUGAGCAGCGACGCCGCCCACAACCUAACCACACUGGCUGAAGUCGAUCAUGUUCGAGAGACCUUGAUUGAGCUCAGCAGCAGCUGCAGCAGCGUCGAAGAUCGCAGCGAUCCCGUUGGUGGGGCAGAACUCAGCGGAAACGAGAUCCCAUCACACACGGAAGCCAACCUUCACCAAGGAGCAAGUAAUUCUUCGCACAGCACACCAUCUCUCAGCGGGAGCCGGAGCAACCUGAGCUUGCCACGCGCUUCCCGCCUCUCCUUGCCGACUUCAGUAUGGCCUGUCGACAAGGACAAGCGAAAUGGUCCGGAUCGAGCAGAGCUGACCGAUAGUGAAGCACAGGUGCCACCAGCUGUCGCCGCGAGGCCCUUGCUGUAUCGUGACCACCCUCUGUGGUGUAAGCAUCACGCCUCUGUGUCGAUGCUGUACGCGUCGCGGCUGCUGCCCAGUGAGCAGGCCAAUGAUGAGCUGCAGCUCUUUCUCUGCUGGGCGCAGGAGAAGGGCGAACGGCAAAGUCAAUGGAGGCAGCAGCAGCAUCAUCACAACGGCGACACCGGCGGAUCUUCGGAGACGGUGGUCGAGACGAGCGAGCUUGGGGCAAGUCCGCAUGUGUCUUGCGCGGCUGCCGAGGUAUACAAGGUAGCCUACGCCAUGGCACGACGUGGCAAGUGGGCUGGUGCACCUCUGUCGCCGGUGCAACGAGGUAGUGUCAGCGGCAACAGCGAGCGAGACGCAGCUGUAGGCGCUUCGCCGGCAGGAUUCGCCUCUGCACCGCCCACGUCUCCAACCCUCCAGCAGACGCCACCCUUACCUCGCCCCAUGGUGUUUGUAGCUGCUCCCCUGCAAACCAGCGACGCGGCGUGGUCGCCAUCACCAGCCGACGAUGUGGAUUGGACGGUCACGCCGUCCGCCGCGCCGUCGCGCUUUGUCGAGUGGAUCGCGACGGAGGUGGACCCCUACGAGAGCCUCCUCUUCUCGCCUCUGUAG